GCCUUGAAGCCGGCCGUGGGUUUCAGGCCGGAAAUUCGCGAGCAAAUCCCGCCGGUUUAGCCGGAGGCCCCAGCGCUUUGAGGGAGCAGCAGGCUUCUUGACUGAGGGGUCGACCAUGGCGGACCGCAGGGGGGAGCAGCCUCCUCGUCCCGGCCAGCAGCAGCAGCCGCCCAGCCUGGUGCAGAUGGUGAAGUCUAUGAUCCCGGUCCUGCCCUGUGCCACCGUCUCCACAGCCCUGCUAGGAUGGAUCAUAUUCUACCUUACCUGCAGGUUCAAGGUGUUUGAUGAGCACACCUUUACCCUUGGCCACCUCCACAGCCGCUUGCAAGUAUACAAGUUGCUUAGUUAUAUGUUCAUCCAUAAGAGUAUGAGUGCGCUGGUGUGCAACGUUCUUAUACUGUGGUAUUUCGGUGGUGCUUUGGAGAAGAACAUCGGAACAGUCAAGUACGCAUACCUCACUCUCCUGUUUACAGUUCUUGCUGGAAUCAUCUAUGCUUUGAUUGGUUCAAUAUUUUUCGGACUGCAAAACCUAAAAGAAAUUCAGGGAUUUACAGUAGUCGUAUUUGCCUAUGUGGGGAUGUCGGUAUUUCUGUCGCCAAUGAAGCACAUUGUCUUUAUAACAACCAUCAAAUUGGUUUACCUCCCAUUCAUUUUACUCGUCAUUGCGAUUUUUAUACCGGAAUCAUCGAUCGUAGGUAACAUUUGUGGAAUGGGAGCAGGAUUUGCAUAUGCUUAUGGGCGGCGGUACUUUCCUUAUCUGGACCUGCAUGAGAUGACUGCUGCAUCUUUGGAGAGGUAUUUUCCAUUCAACCGUCUGAAGGAUAUACCAGGGAUCACAUUUUAUUCAGCCUUAUGGGAAGUGAGAAAUGUUGAGGUAACCGACAGGUGCAAUCCUAAACCAGGGUCCUAUCCCACUCAAACCUAUUACUUUCCUCCAGCCACUGACUCCCAGUGCUACCAAUAUUCACAGCUUGUAAAAGAGCAGACACAUUGGUUUGGACUGCAUCAACAGAGUCCCAGUUAUGGUGUUGAAUAUACUUCUAGAUCUAAAUAUGAUGUUGGACUUGGACACAGCCAUGAUCUCAGUUACACAUCACAACAUGGACACAACCAUUAUGUUGGACACACAUUUGGACAUGGGCAUAGCCACGACCUUGGACACACAUCUGGGCAUGGGCACAGCCAUGAUCUUGAAUCUAAUCCUGGUCAUGUGCAUAUUUGUGAUCAUAAACGUGAUUAUCAGUAUACUGGAAAGAUACCAUUUAAUUCUCCUGUGCUCCAACAGAGUUAUAAGAACCCUGCUGUUACAAAGCACUUUGAAGGUUCCUGUUCUGUGGUUGUGAACUAGGUUUUAACCCUCUGGUCCUUUGCUAGCACAGGUCCCUGAACAACAUAGAGGUGCCAUGCCAUCAUCAUAGAGGACACCAUUCUGCCAAAGAUGCCAUUUUAUUUUUAGAUUGCUAGUUGUCAGAUAAUAGAAAUACGAAAAUUCCCAAAUGCGCUUCAAGCCAAUGAGACUGUAGAAAAGUGUAUAUUGCUUCAUAGUGAUUUGUAUCAUUGGCAUCAAAUUCAUAUGAAAGAUUUGAAAACCUACAACUAUGUAUGUACCAAAUAUUGGUAUAAAAAAUCUUGUCACACUAUCAA